AUGGUUCAGCCAAAUUUAAAAAUAUACCCGUUUGCAUAUAUUUCAGCCGACAUUUAUGCAAAGUUACACGAUCAGCUACAGAUUCUUGCCAAGAACACCAAAACUAGGAUUGGUUACAAUAUGGAGGAGCAAUAUUUCGAUAUUCAAGGUCGUUCUCAACAAGCUUGUGAUAAUGUAGGCGAUCUAUUGACUACGAACUUGUUCCCUCAGUUGUGUACAUUGAUCGACGAAAGCGCUUUUCAUGGAACAUUUGAAAAAAUUGAAGACAUGUACGCUGCAUUGAGUGCGUCUUCUUCGCGCAACAAUUCAGACUCAAAUUUAGCACGCAAUCAAGGCAGGCCAUUUGAUUUUGAUGAAGCAGGACGCCCUACAACUCCAUUGCCAGCUUCAGGAACGCCAGCAUCCGAAACUUUGAAAUAUAGCAAUAAUAUCAGAAGUGACAAUGAAAGAUAUACCCCUACUCCUUCCACUCAUACUUCCGUUAAUGCUAGAGUUAUCAGUUUUUCUGAUCCCGAAACAGAUAGCUCCUAUUAUGAAUCAGAAGAUGGUGAUGAUGUUAUAGAAACCUUUGCCUUUGCCAAGAAUGUGCGCGAUCCGAGAGAAGUUCUCACUGGUCCUCCUGGUCUCAACAAUCAACCAGCAAACUAUUUAAAUAUUGUCGGUAAUGACACUGGUACUGAGUGCAGUUUACAUGAUCGUCAGAUUAAAAUUGUUGGUAGCUCUGAAGAAGCUGUAAAAGAAGCAAAGCUGCGAUUCCGUAAUUUGCAAACUAUGUUCAAACGUCGCAAUAGAGGUACCAAUAUUGUACCCUGCGUCCAUUAUCCAGUGGAAGUUCCCGAAUUCGGUCUCUAUUUUUGCAAUUUGGAGAGAUACGCUCAACGAGACUAUGUACAUAUUUUAAAUCGACCAGAGGCGCCAUUGUUCGUGCUGCUGCCUGUACUUAAGGAUAGAACCGGACAAUAUCAGAGACCGAAAGACCUCUUAAAUGCUAACGCUCCUAUGACUGCUUCUCCUGCUGCCGCUGCUCUAAAUCAAAUGUCUCCACGACUCUCUAUGCGACAACAGCAGCAAACCGCACAUUUAGAAACGAGAAGGCAGGGCAGUCCACAAUCACCUCAAAACCAAAGACAGCAUCAACAGCGACAGCAGACGCAUGAGUUAUCUUUAGAGGAAAGAAUGCGACUAGCCACUUUAGAACACUAUCAUGAUUAUGGUAAUUUCAACCAAGGCAUGGCACCAGACCAACAGCCAUUGUGGGGUGAAAACAAGAAUUUCGUUGUGCGUACCAGUGCACAGCCUUCUCCUACACCAUCUGCACCCCCAGUCAAUUAUGUUGGUGCUCCUGCACCUCCCAAAGUGUCAUCCAAUGAUGACUUCCCUUCGUUACCAUCUGCUCCUCGUGUCGCCCCUGCUACUAGUAAACAACAAACCAGAAAGGUUCUCAGGAUUUCAAAACAGAAGGCGUCUCCUCAAAUUACGCGACCUCUUAAAUCGAAUAUGGAAAUUAUUAAAGAUUAUAAUUUCAACAAUAUCAAAGCUGCACUGGAGGACGGCUUAACGGGCGUUCGUGGCUUUAGUGGUGACAUUAAGUUGAGAGCUAAACUCGGCAAGGUGAUUUGGACUAAUGUCACCCAGGAUAUCCAAAAAAAUAUGUGGAAAUUCAGCGAUUUAAAAGAUAUUCUUAUGGGAGAGAAAAAAGUCAGGCCUCACUUCAGCAACAUGACAACCUCAUCUGAUUUUAUUAUUGAAAAGAUCUCUAAUGUUUUGCCUGCUUCUAUGAACAAAACUGUGCAUUUUGAAAUUUAUGCAAAUGUUCGACAUCAGAACUGCUUGCCUUAUAAGCCUGUUGUUAUGCAUAUGCGUGGAAAUGUGGUUGAAAUCAGCAAAAUUGUCAACUCAAAAGAAACAGUAACAGAAAUUGAUUGGUGUACCCUUGAUCGUAAAUUUGAUUUCCAAUUGAAGCUUGAAACUGAGCAAAAGACGCGCACUAAUGUCAAGCCCUAUACCAAUUUCAUUAACAAAUUUUGUUUGAGUCCUGAAACCAAGCAGCUUGCAUUUGAGAACAUCCCUGACUUUUUGGAGGUCGACUACGUUUUGGUCAAACAAACGACUCGCUAUCGUAUUCAUUUUCCUUUCAUUGUUGAGAUUACGCGUGUUGAGAGAAUUCCACUUGCAACUCAACCUUAUGAUGUUAGCGGUACUUUUAAGAUUAUUGGCGAUAUUGGUCAUGGUGAAGUUUGGUAUGAUGUGGAAGUCGUUUAUUCUACAUAUGAUGAAAUUUUCCAGCGCAACAAUAGUUUACCAGCUGGCAAAAUGGCAAACUGGACUGUGGAAGACAUCUUAGGUUCUGACAGCAAUGGCUCGGAUGCCUUGGUUGAGUAUAUUCGAUGCUUAUUAUUGCUAACUGAGAAGUGUGAACGAGAAUUUGAUAGAAAAUAA